GUAGACACAUCGCUUGAAAAUGUUUCUCUCGAGUCACUAUUGUUAUAGUAAAUUGAUCAAUUGGUAGCUAUCAAACGCAACGUCAAGCUUUUGAAGAAAAUCUGAAGUCACUUUACUGAGUCAUGAUGGAUUGAGAUUCCUAUUCAUUUGUGCUCAAGCUCCCAGUAUUUCACGAGCAAAAUUAGUUUCUAGUUUUUGUGGUUUAUAACUGAAUUUAGAUUUCUUGUCCUCCGCUUCAUUCCGAUUAACUUCUUGUGAGACGUUCUAACCUGUGGCUCUGCUUAAUGUGAGACUUUUUGUAUAAACAUCAUAACAUUUCUUUCCUAACUACGCAUUAUUUUUCAUAAUUUAAUCAUUGAUGCUCAUCGAAUGUAAGCCUUAAAGAUAAUGUUGAUAAUAUGUACUUAUCCCGUUUGCUUAGCAAAGUCUAAUUCUUUAUUACUCAAAUGCCGGACGCUUAGUGAACAUCAAAUGGCACCUUUUCUAAUUUUAAAAGAAGUUUAGUACGUUGUCAGUGAUCUGUGAGAUUGGAACUUUGUAUCUAAAAAUUAAUACAAUUUAAAAAAAGAAAAAGCAAUAUUCAUCUCAUAUCUUAACUUCUUUGAUAUUGUAUGGAGCAUGAAAAAUGUUCGAUAAAAAUUGUUUGAACUUUUAACAACGACCUUGUCACGUGAUUUUAUGCAAAAUUUCGAGGUGCCAAUUGUGUUAAAAAAUAUAAACGACAAAUUCCGAGGAGCUUCGAAAUGCUUUAAACAUUUUUCAGUGAACAUAAAUUAGAAAUUCAGUUCAUUUUUUUACAUAAAGUAUGGAUACACCCACAAUCGAGGCACAACCCGUGAGUGUCUUCACAAAAUUACAUUUUCAGAAGAGCGGAAGUAGUGUUUCAACAUCAAAAGCAGAUGGUAUAGCAGAGAUUGAAGCUGCAAAACCUGAAGAUAGUCCUCGAGAGGUUUUUACGUUAAAAGAUGAGGAGGUGGACGAAAGCAAAGCAAAGACCGGGACUCAAUAUCUCGCAGCAGCAAUUGCGUCUUUGACAGGAGUAAUGAUGGGUCAGAUGCUCUCGUGGUCAUCUCCCGUGACACCCCUCCUCAUUAAGGAGGGGAAGAUCGAUAAAAUCGAAGAGUCAUGGCUGGUCUCCAUCCUGAAUUUUGGCGCUGUGCUUGGCUGCACGGCCGCUGGCUCAGUCAACAGUUACGUCGGCAGAAAAAGUGUUUUAAUGACCGCAUGCUUGCCGCAAAUGGCGUCCUGGUUGUUGCUGGCCCUUUGUAGUGACAUCAGAUUGCUUUGCCUCGGCCGAUUUCUGGGCGGCCUUUGCGUUGGUUUCUUCUGCGUCACUUCGCCCCUUUAUAUUUCCGAAAUCGCCCAAGUCUCCGUGCGGGGGGCACUGGGAGCCCUUUUCCAACUAUCUGUCACCAUUGGUAUCCUUACGACUUACACGUUAGGCCUCCUCCCAACAGCAACAUCAAUAACCCUGGCCUCCUCCUCGACAGUGGUCCUCUUCUUCGCGCUCUUCUUCUGGAUGCCGGAGACCCCGGUCUUCCUCCUGCGGACCUCCCAGUCCAACCGGGCGGCCGCCUCCUUGCGCUGGUUCCGCGGCCCCGCCUACAACCUCAUCCCCGAGAUGCGCCUCCUCGAGCGGAUGGUCCAGAAGGCGGACUCGGCGGCCGCCUACUCCGACUUCGUCACCGACCCCGCCAGCCGCCGCGCCCUCGUCGUCGCCCUCGGCCUCUUCUUCUUCCAGCAGUUCUCCGGGAUCAACGCUGUUGUCUUCUACAUGAACACCGUCUUCCGGACGGCCGGAGGGGACGUGUCGCCGACCGUUGCCACUAUCGUUAUAGCUGCGCUGCAGGUGGUGGGCACAGCUCUCUCGGUCUUCCUCAUGGAGCGGGCCGGUCGUCGCCUCCUCUUCCUGGCCUCCUUCUCCGCCUGCACCCUCUGCGUCUUCGCCCUGGGCCUCUUCUUCUUCCUCAAGGAGCGCGGCCACCCGGUGGCGGGCCCGUGGCAGUGGGUCCCCCUCGGCUCGGUGGGCCUCUUCCUGGUGGUCUACGCCCUGGGCGCGGGGCCCGUGCCGUGGGCCGUCGUCGGCGAGCUCUUCUCCAAGCGGAUGGCCGCCCUCGCCAUGUCCCUCGUCACCGGCGUCGGGCACUGGGCCUCCGCCUUCGUCGUCACCAAGGCCUUCGCCAUGCUCGAGGCCUGGCUCGGCAUCGGCGGCACCUUCUGGGUCUUCGUCGGGUUUUGCCUCGUCGGGAUCGUCUUCGCAUGGGCGCUGCUGCCCGAGACGAAGGGCCGGCCUUUGCAGGAGAUCCUCGAUGAGCUCGGCGGGAAAAAGAAGGGGGUGAAAAGCGAAACGUGAUCCAGCGGGCAGUUUUAUUAAAUCGAUAAAUGGACCGCGUUUAAGGUGAUUCGAUGGAGGCCAUGUUUUGUGUCGGAACGGCAUGCGAUACAUCGCAUCAAUUGGUUACAUUUUUUCAGCUACUCGUCAUUUUUUUCGAAUUUUGAGA